CAGCAGACACACAUCAGCGUGUACACAAGCAAAAGAGCCCCCGUGACGAGCAGCAGGAAGGCCAGUGACGUGGGCGCUCGCACACCCCCGCAGCCUGAUUGGCUGUGUCGGGUCAGCGCCCCGUGACGUCACGGCUGUAUGGCAUGGCUAUGUGUGAGCCGGGCAGCGUGCGGUAGAGCGGGCAGAGACUGAGCAGUCAUCCCGGGUCAUACACAGCAAGCAGCAUGGCCGCCUCCAACAGACUCGUCCUAGGACCAUUGGUGGGGGCAAUCGAUCAGGGCACAGGAUCUACCCGCUUUCUGGUAUUCAAUGCAAAAACAGCUGAACUACUUAGUCACCAUCAAGUGGAAAUUCAACAGAAGUUUCCAAAAGAAGGAUGGGUUGAACAGGAUCCAAAGGAAAUUUUGCAGUCUGUUUAUGAAUGUGUAGAAAAGACAUGUGAGAAACUAGCCCAACUGAGCAUAGAAAUCACCACUAUUAAAGCUAUUGGCGUUAGUAACCAAAGGGAAACAACCGUUGUAUGGGACAAGACCACUGGGGAACCCCUAUACAAUGCUAUUGUUUGGCUUGACUUGAGAACUCAGUCAACUGUGGAAAGGCUACUGAAAAAAAUUCCAGGAAGGAAUAAGAAUUUCUUCAAGUGCCGGACUGGUCUACCCUUGAGCACUUAUUUCAGUGCAGUGAAACUACGCUGGCUGCUGGACAAUGUAGAAGAAAUCCAGAAUGCAGUAGCAGAAGGCAGAGCCAUGUUUGGGACGGUGGACUCCUGGAUCAUUUGGAACCUGACUGGAGGGAAGCAUGGGGGAGUACAUUGUACGGAUGUGACCAAUGCUAGUAGAACCAUGCUGUUCAACAUUAAUACACUGGAGUGGGAUACAGAGCUAUGCCAGUUUUUCGAUAUACCAAUGAGCUUGCUGCCAAAAGUGAGGAGUUCCUCUGAAAUCUAUGGUCUUAUGAAAAUCUCUCCUAGCCUGAAGUCCGGAGCUCUCACUGGAGUGCCUAUAUCUGGGUGUUUGGGUGACCAGUCUGCUGCAUUAGUUGGGCAAAUGUGCUUCCAAGAUGGGCAAGCAAAAAAUACAUAUGGUACUGGCUGUUUUUUGCUGUGUAAUACAGGCCAAAAGCCUGUAGUGUCUGAGCAUGGCCUGCUGACCACAGUGGCUUACCAGCUUGGCAGAGACCAACCUGCUUGCUAUGCACUUGAAGGGUCAGUUGCAAUAGCUGGAGCUGUAGUGCGCUGGCUACGAGAUAACCUGGGUAUUGUCAAGACAACUGAGGAAGUAGAAAAACUUGCUGCUGAAGUUGGAACAUCAUAUGGCUGCUAUUUUGUUCCAGCCUUCUCAGGACUAUAUGCACCAUACUGGGAGCCCAGUGCUAGAGGAAUCAUCUGUGGUCUCACACAGUUUACAAACAAAAAUCACAUUGCAUUUGCUGCUCUUGAAGCUGUCUGUUUCCAGACCAGAGAGAUUCUAGAUGCAAUGAACAAAGACUGUGGGAUUCCACUGAGCCAGCUGCAAGUUGACGGGGGCAUGACUAACAAUAAGAUCCUCAUGCAGCUACAGGCUGACAUCUUGUGUAUCCCAGUGGUGAAACCUUCCAUGCCGGAGACAACUGCAUUAGGAGCAGCUAUGGCUGCCGGAGCAGCAGAAGGAGUGGGUGUCUGGAGUCUAAAACCGAGUGAUUUGACUGCUGUGACUUGUGAACGUUUCGAACCACAGAUUAAUCCAGAGGAAAGUGAAUUUCGUUACGCUCGAUGGAAAAAGGCAGUGAUUAAAUCAAUGGGCUGGGACAGUGCAGAGCCUGCAACCAAUGGCAAUGGUGACUAUAGUAUCUUCUCUAGUCUACCUCUUGGUUUUUAUUUAGUGAGUAGCAUGGUAAUCUUAAUCGGAGCAAAGUACAUUACAGGACUUGACAAAUAACUGUUUAUUUCUGCAAGUGCUUGAAUUGGUGGUCCUUUUUGGAUUCUUGUUUUGCCAACCAGUUAAUAUAUUUUAGUCUGGAAGAACUUGCCAAUUGUGUAAAUAAACUUUCAACCAAUCAUUUUUGGACCCCAGCAGCCUCUUUCUACUGCUGUUUUGCAGACAUCUCCUAAACCAGAUUUGCCUGUUAUCUAAUUUGUGGAGGGUUUUCUGCUGACAUCAACUUUUUACAACGAAUGUACAGAAGAAAUAUUUAUCACUAUAAAGAUGACAACAGUAAUGAAGAAAUACUUUUUGAAUGUUACAAAAUGACUUUUGAAGAUAAAUGUUUGCACUUGGAGAUUAAAAAUAAAAUCAUUGUAAUUAUUAUCACAUUUUUCCCCAAGUAAUAUAUAGGAAAUCUGUACAGAUAUUUUUUGAAGAAACUGUAAUUAAUUAAAAUAACUCCUAUUUUAUUA